AGUCGAAGACUCCCCACUUACCAAAAUCCGCCAUUUUGUUCAUCAGCCAUUUCUGACGGGUUUACAGAAACGUAGAAGAAACAUUUGGGAGUUGAGAAAUCUUACUCCUUAGGUUUCAUAUUUUAGGAAGAGGGGAAAAGUUGUGAGUACUUCGUCUGCUGCGACAGAAUGAAGGGAAUAGUGUUCGUUUCGUGUUUCUUGGGAUUCCUUUGUCUCUCCAUGGGACAGGAAGAUAUCCCAUCUGAUUGCGGAGUCUGUGAUCGCAGCGCCUGUCCGGGGCAGAAGGACAAGACCUGCAAGGCCGGAAUCACGCGUGACAGGUGUAAAUGUUGCCAGGUAUGCGCACAAGCCGAAGGCGAGAUCUGUGACAUGUCCGGGGCCAGCAACAAGUACCCACCCUGCGGGGACUACCUCACCUGUAAGAUGGACCAAGACAGGAACAUCGGGAUCUGUGUCUGUGACUACCAGGACACACUCUGUGGUACCGAUGACGUCACCUACACCAGCAUCUGCCAGAUGAGAGAGGCUCAGAAUACGAAAGGGCGUGACCUCAAAGUGAAGAACUCCGGACCCUGUAAAACUGCUCCCCGCAUUUUGACCGGACCAGACAGCGUUACUAAUGUUACUGGUGACAAAGUGGUUCUGAUGUGUGAGGCCACGGGGUUCCCCAUCCCUCACAUCGGCUGGCUGUUCCAGAGAACAGACGACGAGACCAACAGUCUGCCUGGGGACGACAUGGCUAUCUCGGUGGUGACCCGCGGUGGCCCCGAGAAGUACCAGGUGACCGGGUGGCUCCAAGUGGACGAGGCCAGCAAGCACCACGAGGGGUACUACAUCUGUGUGGCCCACAACAAGCACGGCUCCGACAAACAGACGGGCAGAAUAAAGAUCCACGAGAAAAAGUUAAACCGCGUCGAGCGAAAAGAAGAUGGCGACCAGUUAUAAGUUUUACUCGCCAAGCGUCUUUCACUUGAACAUUUUUAGCUUUAUGCAAACUUUUGUCAUGAUAUAAAUGUUUAGGCAAUUUAGCUUUGAUGUCUGUUCAAUUACUAGAUUUUUUUUAAAUGCUGGAGUGAAUGUAAUUGUUCUUGUAAGUCACUGUUAUUGGGUGUAAGUCGCACGCACUUGAACUAUAGUGUAUACUCUCUGUAUCUUCUGAAUCUUGUUGAACCAUUUUAACAGGAGCUUGGACUUUCGGAAGUAAUGUCAAAAUAGCAAAGUGAGGUAGGCCUGUCUAUUUCAUUGUUAGCCACUCAGCCAUGGGUCUUUGAAAUCAACAAGAUUUGUCUGUCAUUUGAGCUAAGACUACGAAAUCUGUGUUUAUUUCACUUGAAACCAGCGUCAUUAUAUAAUAACUUGUUUUGACGCAAGAAAAAAAUUAUUAUAUCCUUCCGAAAAUCCAAGGUCUUGUUAAAAUGGUUCUAACUUGUCUUAUGUACAUGUGUUUGUACUCUGUGUCUUUCCAUAAUUGUAUUUUACUACAUGACAUAUAUUUCUUACGCAAAUACUCAAAUUACUGUUCUUUUCAUUGGACAGAGCAGCUUUUAAGCAAAGGUUGGCAAGAUAUUCAGUUUUAAUAGGAAUUUUUAUAUGAAACGUUUUAUUCCUUUUUAUGAUUUGGCAUUUUGAUUUGAAAUUAAAAAAAAAACUUUUUACAAUCAAUAUUUUAUCAAACUUUUUAAAAAUAAAGCUAAUUUUUCAAACUUGA